CAGAGCUUCACACACGUCAGGAUUUGCAUCAGAAAUCUGAGAAAUGAAGCUGGUUCCAGUGGUCUUCAUCCUCCUGGCCCCAGUGUUGACCUGCGGCAAAGACCUGGUCCCACCAGUGGACUGCAGUGCCAUUCGUCACCGGGACAAAAGUCUGCACAGUGGAGUGUACACCAUCUACCCCAAAGGGGAAAGAUCUGCUGUCCAGGUUUACUGUGACAUGGACACAGAUGGAGGAGGGUGGACGGUGUUCCAGAGGAGGAUGGAUGGAACUGUGAACUUCUACAGGCCCUGGGAUCAGUACAAGAUAGGAUUUGGUGACACUGCUGGAGAGCACUGGCUCGGUCUUGAUGUCCUCCACUAUCUGACACGACGUCAAAAACAUCAGCUGCUGGUUGAAAUGGAAGACUUUAAGGGACAAAAAGUGUCGGCUGGUUACUCCCAGUUCUCUCUUGGUAGUGAAUGUCAAGGAUAUAAACUCAGCGUGUCUGGAUUCACUAAUGGAGGAGCAGGAGAUGCUCUGAGUCGCCACAAUGGAAGGAAGUUCUCCACUUUCGACAAUGACCAGGAUGGUUGGACCGGAAACUGUGCCAAAAAGUACCUCGGGGCAUUUUGGUAUGAGAAGUGUCACAGUGCGAACCCCAAUGGGGUUUAUCGCUGGGGGGCUGAUGGUACUAUCUAUGCUGUUGGAGUGGAGUGGCAGCCUUGGAAGGGUUAUGACUACUCCCUGAAGGCCCUCAGUAUGAAGAUCCGUCCUGUGUAGACGACCAGGAUGAUUUCACAGCAGAUAUCAGCAGUUCUUUAAUCUGCCAAAACAAAUAGAUGCAUAGAGUCUGAUUAAAUGUUCAAAUGAUCCUAUUUCCUUGUUGAUUCUGUCUGAGUGUGAGUGUGUGUUAAUGAGCAGCUGCUGGUGUAAAGUCUGGAUCAAACAGCUGUUGUUGUAGAGGAAUGAUUAGACAGGAGGAGUUCCCAUCGAAUGACGUGUGGUUGACUGUAACUCUGCUGCAAUGACUACGUUCCACCACUAGAUGUCUGUGCUGUCUGAGAUCCAUCAGACUGACUGAUCCAAAGCAUACAUGAAACCUCAGACUGUAACUUGAUCUUUGAAUCUUUAUCUUUUGUUUGAUGACAAUAAACUCUGAACAUGAGGA